AUGGCUCGCGGCAACAACAAUCGCCCACCGAAUUCUUCUUCCUCUAACCUUGCUGCUACUGGGACCUCAUCCUUAAUGGAGGAUUCCAGCAGCCCCUAUUUUCUUCAUAACAGCGACCAUCCUGGUAUGAUUUUGAACCCUCACCUUCUUUCGGGUUCCAAUUUCAACUCCUGGCAUCGUGGCAUGCCACUUGCUUUGACUGCCAAGAACAAAUUGGCCUUCGUUGAUGGCUCUGUUCCUCGCCCUUCAUCCAAUGAUUUGUUGUUCCCUUCUUGGAAUCGAUGUAAUUCCAUGGUUAUCUCAUGGAUUAUCAACUCUGUCACAAACGAAAUCGCUGAUAGUCUCCUGUAUUUCACUAAUGCCUUUGAUGUGUGGUCUGACUUGAAGACUCGAUUCUCCCAAGCUCAUGGUCCUCGCAUAUUUCAGCUCAAGCAGAUGAUCUCCUCUCUUUUCCAAGGAUCUCUUGAUGUGAACAACUAUUAUACUAAGCUGAAAUCUCUCUGGGAUGAGUGUCACGACUACGCUCUGCUUCCUCACUGCACCUGUGGUGCUCUUCGAUAG